AUUGUCAUCGAGAAGCUCACCAAGAACGUCAACGUGUCGCACUUGCGCGAAAUCUUCAGCAUGUACGGCAGCAUCUCUGACUUGGAGAUGCCAAUGAAUAAGCAUUUCAUGACGAAUCGCGGGAUUGCCUAUGUCCUGUACACCCAGCCAUCCUACGCCGAAGCUGCCAUUAGCAACAUGCACGAGGCCCAAUUGGACGGCGCGUUGAUCAGUGUCAGCAUC